CGGAAAGGACUGGCUGGAGCUGUGCUAUAGCUUUGUUGGUUGGCCAGUUCCAUACGAGAGUUCCUGAGUCUCAUUAAAGUCACUAAAUAACGGAAUUUACCAUUAGAUUCUACUCUUUAAACAUUAUUGAGAUUUGCAAAUUUUGUCGAGUUGAAUUAUAGCAUUUUGUGAGCAAAGACAAUCUAUUUUGACGUUUUCCAACGUCAGCGUUAUCUACAUUUGGUCAAACAAGGCAAUGACAUCGAACCGUAUUAUCACUUAAACCACAAAUGUAAGUUGUCGUGUACUAUACUACUCACAUGUGCGUGUGUAUUCUGGAGAAGCUCUGUGUGUAUGACUUGAUAACAAUAAGUCAAUAGAUAAUAAAAACGUUUACUAUAUACAGUUGUCACUUGACUAAAAACUUAAAUGCACCACUUUUACAUUUUGAUAAUAGUCGCACGUAUUCACUCCAAUCGUGUUGUGACAUGUUUCAGUAAAAAAUAAAUUCUUGUAAAGUUCCAUGAAUGCAAAUUCGGCCCCACAGCGAAGCUAUCAAACAGUUUCUCGUGGAAAAAUAGUGAUGAGAAUUAAUAAUCUUAACAACAAAAUAUACGAAUACUUAUCCCGUGAGUGGACGAACUGUGGCAGCAAUAGACUUUUGUAACGUGAGCCGAUAUUACAUACAAACCCAAGUGAAGUGUCAAGUAUAAUAAGAAACAGAAAUCUAAACAAUAAGCACCUCGGAGUCCGAAAAGAUUAAAGUUAUUUUUCAGAAAAGCUCAUAUAUCAACACCGCAUUCAUACACACAUCUCCGCCCCCAAAGCAGACCAAGUUCCUUGUUCACGUCCGCAUUAAAUGGGAAAAGACAAUCACAUAUAACCGCCUAAUCGACCCCUGUGCCUGUGCAAUAUGUGGAUAUGAUAAAGGUUCUCUGACUGACCCUUCAAAUUCUCGACUUACAACAGUUUUUUUUACUUUUGGACCACCAGAAAGUUCAAAGUUUUGGGUUCAACUUUAGCCAUUUUCGUCUCAUCGACUGACUCCAAGAGAUAGUUAAAGACUUCCAUGAAAGAAAGGCCUCUGUUUUAAAAAAAAUCCUUCCGUACGCUAGUUAUUUAUUGUAGAUAUUUCGCUGGUCAGCUUCUCACCCCGUACAUCACGUUGAACAAUCCAGCAUGUGCAUGUAGAAGAGUUCCUUGAAGGAAAAGAAAUUUGAGACUUUUGUCUCACUAUUUGGACUCGCACUUAUAAAUUCUUGUUCCUGGUUGGGUACCCUUUUAAUUUUCAACUCAGCAUGUAGCAAAUUGUCAGUUUGCUCAAACAUAUUUGUAGUCGGUACUCGGUACAUUAUUCCCUCCCGUGGCUCAUAAUUGAAGCGAAGAAUUUCUGAUGACCUGCAAAUCAUCCUCGUCCACAAAAUACUUUCCGAGAUUUUUUUCUUCCUAUAACGUUAUCAAUACGUAGCUUUAUAUGCAUAGAUAAUUCAUCAUUAAUUUAACAAGGGUGGAUUUCCCGUGAAUUUUUCAAAGUGCCAUGAAGUGUACAAUAAAAUAGCAAUAAUAUGUAUUUUGUAAAAAUAUCUUAAUUUAGUUAGUUAAGUAUUAUCGUUAACCUGUUUAAAUGUCUCUGCGAUGAAGUUGGGAAGGUGGUGCUACGCCAAAGUGGGGACAGUUCACCAAUCACCAUUUUUAACCUCGCCUGGAUCCGUUGGGCGACUGAACUUGGGACGAAGGCACUUAUCAUUCCGCAUGAUGCAAGGUUUGAUUGGCAUCAUGCUAUUUUGCAUGUUCCUCCUCGUCUUUCCUCUCAGCCUGCUCUCCACCCACGCUCAGCCCACGAUUUCUACCACUUUAGCGUUUGAUGAUGGGAACUCGAAUGCAAUUGCAGUCCCACAACACCAGCGAAAAGACAAUGCAAACGAUUUGCAAGUGAAUCUUGGAUUCGCACCGGAAACAUCUGGCAAUUAUAACUAUUUGUACAAUGACGGAGGAGAUAAUUACCAAGAUGAAGGCGAGACUGUAGUCAAUUCGAAACUAAAAAAUAACACAAACAGUGAUGAGUCGUCCAACACCAAUUCCGAAAACAAUCGAGUCUCGUUUAAGAGCAAAAGUGGUGGCGUGUCAGAGGCUGUGCUAACUCGAAGAAGGAACAAAUUACUGCAAAAUAGUCACUACAAACAAAGACAAAAGUUGUUGGACAGUGUGUUCAUCAGUGUUAAAACUACGAAACGAUUCCACUCCACGAGGCUGGAACCCAUAUUAAAGACCUGGUUCAAUCUUGCAAGAGAGCAGACCUGGAUAUUCACAGAUGCCGAUGACCCUGUAUUAGACAGGAGAACAGGGGGACACAUGAUAAAUACAAACUGCCCUUCAACGCAUUACCGGGAGGGCCUUUGCUGUAAAAUGUCAGCAGAAUUCGACACGUUCAUUCAUUCCGGAAAAUCGUGGUUUUGUCAUGUGGACGACGACAAUUAUUUAAACGUCCCAGCCUUGUUGGACCUCCUAGAGAAAUAUGACGCGAAGGAAUAUUGGUACUUGGGGAAACCAAGUCUCAAGAAACCAAUUCAUUUGAAGGAAAAUAAAUCGGAUGACGUUUCCUUCUCGUUUGGUACUGGUGGUGCUGGUUUCUGUCUUUCAAGAUCCCUUGCCCUCAGAAUGAGUCCUUUGGCCAGUGGUGGCAAGUUUAUGAAACUUUGUGAUCGCAUCCAACUUCCAGACGACGUCACUAUUGGCUAUGUUGCAGGGCACCUUCUUGCACAAAAGUUGACUGUCAUCCCGCAAUUUCAUUCACAUUUCGAAACCAUGAAGUUCAUCACUACCAAGAACCCGGAGUCUGAAAUAACAUUCAGCUACCUGAGAAUGGGAAACAACGUAAACAUUCUCGACGUUCAAGGGUACUUCACGGAGGAAGAGGACCCCACAAGAUUUCUGUCUCUGCAUUGCCUCCUCUUCCCAAAUUUUUCAUUUUGUCCGAAAGGGGAAAGGAGAAGAUGAUCAGAGAUUAUUACAUCGUUCUCAACAAAAUAAAUAAAGUUCAAGUCACUCGCGUGUAACAAAUGUCUUUUUCGCUGAAAGACAAUCCAAAAACUGAAUUGUUUGCUGCAAUUUUAUUUCUCCGCUAUUUGUUGGGUUUGUUAUAACCUUUCAAUGGUUUUGAUAAAGAAUUCUGUGAUAUUAAAAUAUUAGAUACUUACAAAUAAAUAUAUUCAAUAGUGUUAGGUAAAUAUUAAAAAUUAUAUAUAAAUUUUGAGUCACAAUUAUGGCAUAAGUUGAUAUUAAAGUAUAACAUACAUACAAUCAAGCGCAAAACAAAUGCAAUUUUUCGUUUUAAUCUGUGCCAAAAUCUUGACUUAUAUUAUGUAUUUCAAAUCAAUAAAACCUACUUGAAUUCAUGAUAAUCAAAAAA